AUGAAGGGCUCGUCACUCGUUCGCGUGGCUUCGCUGCUGUCUCCUCUUUUUUCUUUGUCAGCAUAUGCUCAAGACAAAUUCACCCAUGCCGGCACUGGUAUUGAGUUCUGGCGACAAACAGUCAGUUCAGACCAAACCCCUGGAGGGCUGGAGUGGGGCUAUGUGCUACCUGGCGAGCCUACUGGUAACAAUGAUGAGUACAUCGGGUAUUUGAAAGGUUCACUGGAGGCAAACAGGCAGGGAUGGACUGGUAUCAGUCAUGGAGGUGGCAUGCCUAAUUCCCUAUUACUUGUGGCUUGGCCAGAGGCAGACUCCGUCAAGACAAAAUUUGUUUGGGCUGGUGGCUAUGUAACGCCUCAGGACUACACUGGUGACGCGAUCAUCUCCCAGAUUUCACACGCGGUCAACGACACACACUUCGAGCUCAUCUACCGCUGUCAGAAAUGUUGGACCUGGAACCAAAACGGCGCCACAGGCUCUCAAAUACCGUCUGAGGUUCAGGUCAUUGGCUGGGCACAGCACAGCACGAUCUAUUCUGGAACCUGGGUCUUUCACAACAAGGGUCAAUCGCAAUUCGGCAUCACAGUAGCAGACGCAAGAAACCAAAAGUAUUUCGACUGGGUAACGCUGGUACCAGGAACUCCGCCAGAGAGUCCUACGUCAACGCUGCCAGGCCAGCCAAGCCCAACACCUACUCCUACCGGCCCCGUCACGUGUGUUGGGUCUCCAGCACCUACUAAUGCAUAUGAUUAUAUCAUAGUAGGUGGUGGUGCCGGUGGCAUACCCGUUGCUGACAAACUUUCUGAAUCUGGAAAAACGGUGCUUCUGAUCGAGAAAGGCCCACCUUCCUUAGCACGGUUUGGAGGGACCAUGGGUCCCGAAUGGGCGACAAGUAACAAUCUCACUCGCUUCGAUGUACCCGGUCUUUGUAACCAGAUAUGGGUAGACUCAGCUGGGGUUGCUUGCACCGACAUCGAUCAGAUGGCUGGCUGUGUCCUUGGUGGUGGCACUGCUGUAAAUGCAGCGCUCUGGUGGAAGCCUGUUGACGUCGACUUCGACUACAAUUUUCCUAGAGGCUGGAAGUCAGGGGAUAUCAAGGGCGCCGUCGACCGCGUUUUCAAGCGCAUCCCUGGUACAGACACUCCUUCGAUGGACGGCAAGCGCUACAAGCAGGAGGGCUUCGAUGUUUUAUCCGGAGCUCUGGGUGCUGAUGGUUGGAAGUAUGUGACUGCGAAUGAUCAGCAGAACCAGAAAAACAGAACAUACUCACAUUCGCCAUUCAUGUACGAGAACGGACAGCGGCAAGGCCCUCUCGGCUCAUACUUGGUCACCGCCCUUGCGCGCAAGAACUUCAAGCUCUGGACUAAUACCAUGGUUCGUCGCAUUGUUCGCACCGGAGGUAGAGCUACUGGUGUCGAGCUCGAGAAUGGUAUUGGUGGCGGUGGCUACUGCGGGACCGUCAAUCUUAACCCAGGGGGUCGUGUCAUCCUUUCAGGAGGCGCUUUCGGAACAACCAAAGUUCUUUUCCGCAGUGGCAUUGGACCCAAGGAUCAGCUCACCAUUGUCAAAAACAGCACUAUUGAUGGAGCCACUUUCAUCAAUGAGUCUUCUUGGAUCAAUCUUCCAGUUGGUCAGAAUUUGAACGACCACGUCAACACUGAUCUUGUCAUCAGGCAUCCUAACAUCUCGCACUACAACUUUUACGAUGCGUGGGACAAGCCGAUCGAGACAGACAAGGAUUUAUACCUUAACAAGCGAUCUGGUAUUCUCGCGCAGUCCGCGCCAAAUAUUGGUCCCCUCGCUUGGGAAGUCAUUAAGGGAUCGGAUGGCAUUGAUCGUUCACUCCAGUGGACUGCUCGUGUCGAGGGUCCUGGUGCCAACGAUACCCGGCAUUUGACUAUUAGCCAGUACCUUGGUCAUGGCUCCACCUCCAGGGGUUCACUUUCCAUCAAUGGCGGUCUCGGGGUCUACGUCAGCAAAGCGCCAUACCUCCAGAACGAAGCUGACACUGGCGUCGUUGUUGCUGGAAUCAAAAGCAUGAUGAAGGCCAUCCAAAAGAAUCCCGCUAUUGAGUUCCAGGUUCCACCUUCUAACAUGACGGUUGAAGCAUAUGUUGCUAGUCUUCCUAAGACCCCCGCUGCACGUCGUGCCAACCACUGGAUUGGUACAGCUAAGUUAGGUACCGAUAGUGGUCUCUCUGGUGGAACCUCCGUUGUCGAUCUAAACACUCAAGUCUAUGGCACCGAGAAUAUUCAUGUCGUUGACGCUUCUCUUUUCCCAGGGCACAUCUACACCAACCCAACAUCAUACAUUGUCGUGAUGGCUGAACAUGCUGCAGCCAGGAUCCUUGCUCUAUCUGCGUCAGGCGGGGAUGGGCAACAAUAG